AUGGCCAUCAACAAGAGGAAGCGCAGAGCAUCACAGGACACCAGCAUCAAGGUCGUCAUCCCCGCACCGGGCGCGUCGCUACGGGACUCGAAACGCGCAAAGCUGGCGGUGGCUGAAGAAGACGGCGAGGGCGAGGACGAAGACGCAGAGGGCGAGCUCGACGAGGGAGCGUCGGAGGACGCGCACGGCUCGGAUGAAGGACCAGAGGAUGCGCCAGCCGGCACGCCAUUAAGCCAACAAGUACGCCAGGGGCUGAGCAGUGUCAUCGCCGAGAUGGGCAAGACACUGCCAUCGCCUUUGGACAAGGUGCUGACCAUAUGGCUCCCUCCAACAUUUGCAAAGAAGAAGGAGAACACUCUGGGCCAUCUCUUGCAACAGCCUUCGCUGACGUGGGAAACGCUGGUGGACACAAUCCAUCGCUUCUCUGAGAACCUCCUUGUCCCCGUUCAGUAUCCCAACCCAGUCCCAGCAAGAGCCUCAUUCAACAUCCCUCCACCACCCUUACCACAGCGCUACCCGCCUCACGCCAUCUACAGCUUUUGCGCUUCGCUCUAUGAUCUCCUGCUCAACGUGCAACCUGCUGCCAGCGGAGGCAAGUUUGACGCUGAGCGCUGGGCCCUGGUGCAAAAGACGACGCAGGGGGGAGAGUGGUUCAGCGGUGUUGUGGAUGUACAGGAAGCUUCCAAGCUUGUCAGAAGGGAAGGCCACAGCAGUUUGGUAGAUGCUUUGGUAGGAGAGUCUCGAUUGGGUCACACCUCGGUUGUCUCUUUACAUGCCGCCCUGGGAUCUUCCAGUGUCAAGGUGCAGAAGCUCGGCGACUCUGUCAUCCGACGCGCGAGUUUAAAGGUGGACAAGUGGAAGCAGAUGAAAAAGCUGAGAAACGGGUCAUUUGGCAGUAUCGCUACUGGCGUCACGAUUCCGGCGGUUGGCUCCAAAUCGUUUACACCGACUUUUGGGUUUACCUACGAUUCCAGCUCUGCCACCGCGAGCCAAGGCUACUUUUCAACAGCAGAGGCCAUGCACGAACGCGCAAGACACAAUGAAUGGGCCAAGAGGGCCCUUGCCCAUGCCAAAGAGAUUGAGGAAGGCGGCUGGCAGGGAAUCGUCAAGGAGGGUAGUGAGGAAAAGGCGACUGGGGAACUGUCGGUGGAGGAAAUCUUGGCCGAAAAUGGCGAGUUAAUUGAAGAGCUGCAGGCGUGGCAGGAGGUGCGGAUUCACAGGGGUGUGCAGGAACCGACUGAAAGAGAAGAGCUGAUAGCAAACGAGCUGCUGUCUUCUCUUUCUCGUCUGGCUGGCCAUGUGCCUCCUACCGAUUUGGUUCCCACUCUUGCUGGCAAGAUAGGAUGGUCACAUGACGCUGCCAAGCGACAUCUGUCGACCCCAUCACCGUCAAUACGAGGUACUCUUGAUCCCCGACGGCCGCAUGCUCUUCAUGACAAUACCACCAUUCGUCUGAGAACGGGCUCUGCCAAACCGGCUAGUGGGAACGGAGCCAGUGCCGGCCCAAGUGCCAGCAUCUUGACGAAUGGAACACCAACGCCUCCUGUUCAGAGCACACCUUUGCACAAUUCCGCCCCUUCAUAUGCCUUGCCGCCCACCGCCAAGGUCAAUGCCAUGCCACCUCCACUCUCCCCUCAGUACCAGAGUGCCCCGCCUCAUCUCCUCCCUCUCAAUUCCCCUCACAACUUGCCGCCAACGGUUGGGUACCCCCCGAACCGUAGCCCAGCCCCUUACCGACCACCACCACCCCAUACACCCCAGCCGCAAAGAUCACCUUACCCUCAGUACGCAUCGCCGUUACCAACAGCACCGCCGGUGAUGCAUGCGCGAAGCAUACCGCCUCCCAUGCCGAAUAUGCCAAACAUGCCAAACAUGGUCAACUAUAUGCGGCCCGGGCCCGGGCCGAGCAAUCUACGGCAGAGCGUGGGCCAUAUGGCGGGAGGGGCGCCUAUGGGAAUGCCGCCACAUAUGAUGUAUGGACAGCCGCCAAGUAAUGGGUAUAUGUAA